GGUAAGACUGGAACUAGGUAGGAGAGAGGUGGAAAAGAUAGCGGGGGCGGGUGUUAAGGAAGUUGAGGAAGCAGGUGUCAGGGCCCACACUUGUGUCUCUGACCUUCCUGACCGAGUGCCAGGCCAGCCUGGGCUCUACCAUAAAGCCUUGUCUUAAAAGCAAGAAGGAGUGACUGGGAGUGACAGGAAGUGGGACAGGGAGUGGGGUGUAAAGUGAAUAAAUGAAAGAAAGGAAGGAUGGAAAAGCAAAGGAAGACCCCCCCCCCAAUGUGGUUGUACACGCCUAUAAUCCCAACCCCCCACCGCCAGGCACCAGAAGCCAGAGGAUCAGGAAUUGAAGGCCCCAGCUAUGUAGUGAGUUUGAAGCCAGCUGGGACUAUAGGAGACCCUGCCUCAAACAAAAACAAACAACAGAACAGAUAAAAUAAGUUUGGGGUAGGAAAAGACACUUUAAAAGAUCUUUUAAGAUGAGCAUUUUGUAGACAUUUAAAGCAGAGAUAAUGGCUUGAACCUUUUGUCCAAAUUGUUGAGGAGGUUCGUUUGUAUAUUGAACAAUUUGGGCAGAGUCCAGGUUUCUAGCAAAAAGCAAGUCAGUUAAUAGGUAGACUUUGAUGGGAAUUUGAGCAAAGCCAAGAACUUCGAGAGUUUAACGCUGUUCUAGGCUGGGUAUGAUGGCGCGAGGCUAGAGUGUCUCAAGAUCAAGGCCUACCCAGAAUGUCAGUGAGACCCUGCUACAAUGUUAAAGUUAAAGUUAAAAUGUAAAAGUUAAAGUGUUGGGGGUGGGGCCUGAUGUUUGCUCAUCCCAAGCCCUAGGUUUGAUCUUCAGUUUUGCCAGUGAGCGUGUGUGGCCUGUGCAGUGCUGGCCUGCACGCCUACCUAUCACAUGUCAGCCCCUGGUGGCCGUCCAUUUCUUCAUGGAUGAGUGUUUGAUGCUGACUCUGCUCCAUCACUGAGUUAAAAAUCGGGGUCUGCAUGAUGAAAAGGCUGGCCCCACCCAGCCCUUGUCCAGUUACAACCUAAGGGAGAGACAGCUAAGCCAAGGUAGAAGCUGGCCUCAAGGCUAGGAAGCCUCGGAGUGGCAGGUGCUUCAAAAUGGAGAAGAGGAAACUUCCUAGAGAGACGAAGAUUCCAGAUAGGAGAACAGGAAGUCCAAGGCAGACAAACAGGAGAUCACAGAUAGGUGUCCUGGCGAUUUGAAGUGGCUGUAGGGAUGAGAGACUUGAGAAAUUAAUCUCCAAAUACUAAAAAAUUAAAUUAUAGUCUCCUGCUGUUGGUUCAUGGAUCUCUAUCAGAGGAUGAAUGUUUUUAUGCAAUUUUCAAGAUCUAAAACAAAGGCAAGUUUGCUGGAGUCUGAAAGAGAAAGAGAAUUCUCCUUUGAAUGGGAUUGUUAUUCAUCUGAGUCGUUAGCAAUUCAGAACAGUUUAUCUGUCUCCCUCCUGCACUGAAGGAAUGUCGCCAUCGUGCUUGGGAUUUGAUGGUAUUAUAUGGCAAACACACACAGACACACACACACACACACACACUGCAUCCCCCAGAGACUUCUAGCCUGGUGAUGUGUCUGCUGUGUAGUGUUGCUGGGGGGAAAGCUGGGGGAAGGAUACUCUGUAACAACCUAAAAGGAGAAAUCGUUGCUACAUUAAAAACCACAUCCCUUUCUUUGAAAGAAUCAACUCCUCCUGUGUUUGUCCCAAUUGUUAGUCAAUUUAACUCUGUAAAGCUAAGUCUUCCCAAAGCUUAGCCACCUGUUAAGUCUUUCACAACUACACCUAAUAUUCAUUUCUAUUUUCUUCACGUUCUGUGCACAUAGGCAAGUGUGGGAAGAAUUGGCUUUAAGAAGCCAAUGGCAGAUCAAAACUCUUCAGUUCCAUUUUCAUAAAACAUACUGCACCUGUGGAUUGAGACACUUACCAUGCCUGUGACGGUACCCAUAAGUUGCCCAAGAGUUGAGAAAUUGUGUUGACAGAGUUGUCAACCUCAAGGUCACUAGCUGGGAAGCCAAAGGUCAACAUGAAACAGGUGGAAGUUAAGAGAGGCCUGACUGCAGGAGUUCAGCUGGCAGGCAUCUUCAGUCUGUAGCCAUAGGUAGCCGUGAGUGUGGCCCAACACAAAACCAGAGACUUAAGACAUGGGGUAUGGGGGGUGUGUGUAUGUGUGUGUGUGUGGACUCAAUUUGCUACAUUCUCAAGAGUGAGCUUUGUAGAUGGCAACAUCUGAUCACAAUGUCCAAGGGUUGGACAUUCUUGGCACUGAUAGGAGAAGCAUGAAAUGGCAGUUUACCCAGUCAGACUGUAACGUAAUUGUGCCCAGGACAGAAACCUCUAGCUCUACCCUUCCGUGGGUCAGCACAGGACUUUCUAACAGAGGUUGAUGACAGCUCGAGGCUGCCUGGCUUCCAUUCUCACUCUUUCAAGGAAAAGAGUUGGAGAAGGAGAGGCCAGGCCUACCUUUCUUCCGUUUAACACCAAUUCCCCAACGCUGGCCGGCUUGCAGCAAGAUGGCUGAAGGAUGUAAUUAUGGACUUAAAACUUAUGAAGUGCAUUUCAAAGCCUGCAGUGUGACACAUUUUGUAGAAUUUAAAUGUGUAGUGUCUUGUUCAUGUAGUUAUUUUGCUAAAAAUAUCACUGCAUGAUCUAGGCUUAGAAAGGAAAAGAUUUACAUCAGAAUGCCGUGGAAAGGAGGGAGCAGUUUUAAUCAGAUUAUGAUGCCGGCAGUGCAGUGUAUUUGUGGUGCUGAUACGUAAGUGAUUGCCAGCGACUCUUCACCCUCUCGCCUUCCAAAGUCCCAGCUCGCGCCGUCUCUUCCGUUACAAGAAGAUUUUGUUUAUCACUGGAAGGCGAUUACCCACUACUACAUAGAAACUUCAGAUGAUAAAGCCCCAGUGACUGACACAAACAUCCCAUCCCACCUGGAACAGAUGUUAGACAUACUGGUCCAAGAAGAAAAUGAGCGGGAAUCUGGAGAGACAGGGCCAUGCAUGGAAUACCUGCUCCAUCACAAGAUCUUGGAAACAUUAUACACCUUAGGGAAAGCCGACUGCCCUCCAGGAAUGAAGCAGCAGGUUUUGGUGUUCUAUACCAAGCUUCUGGGAAGAAUCCGGCAGCCCCUGCUUCCACACAUCAACGUACACAGGCCUGUGCAGAAAUUAAUUCGACUCUGUGGUGAGGUCCUUGCAACGCCAACGGAGAAUGAAGAGAUCCAGUUUCUCUGCAUCGUGUGUGCAAAGCUGAAACAGGAUCCCUACUUGGUCAACUUUUUCCUGGAGAACAAAUCGAAGUCCCUGGUGUCCAGAGGAGCUCUGAGUGUCAUCUCAGAGGAUGGCCCAAAAGGUCAGGACCGGGGGUCAGGAGACGUCAGCCAGUGCCAGCAGCCCCAGGAGCUGUCAGGUGCUACUGGGGUGGAGCCCACGGAGUCGGAGGAAGAGCCCCCUCACCAGAUGGAUGACCUGUCUGCAAGCCUGGAUGACCUCAAUGUCACCUCACUGCCGGAGGCCUCUGCCAUCCGGCCAAACCAGGACUACAACUUAGUGAACUCUCUGUUAAACCUGACAAGAAGUCCUGACGGCCGGAUAGCUGUGAAGGCCUGCGAGGGCUUGAUGCUCUUGGUGAGCCUGCCGGAGCCUGCGGCUGCCAAGUGCCUCGCUCAGAGCACCUGCCUGUGCGAGCUGCUGACGGGCAGACUCACCUCCCUGUACAAGGCCCUACCUCAGUCAGUGGACCCCUUAGACAUUGAAACCGUGGAGGCAGUUAACUGGGGGUUGGACUCAUACAGCCAUAAAGAAGACGCAUCGGCGUUCCCGGGGAAGCGGGCCUUAAUUUCAUUUCUUUCCUGGUUUGAUUACUGUGAUCAGCUCAUCAAGGAGGCACAAAAGACUGCUGCUGUUGCUCUCGCCAAAGCCAUCCACGAAAGGUUCUUCGUUGGUGUCAUGGAACCCCAGCUGAUGCAGACCUCUGAGAUGGGGAUUCUGACCUCGACGGCCUUGCUGCACCGCAUCGUCCGGCAAGUGACCUCAGACGUCCUGCUUCAGGAAAUGGUGGUCUUCAUCCUCGGAGAACAGAGGGAACCAGAAACUCUAUCAGAAAUUAGCAGACAUCCUCUAAGACAUAGGUUAAUCGAACAUUGCGAUCACAUAUCUGAUGAGAUCAGCAUCAUGACCCUGAGGAUGUUUGAGCAUCUCCUACAAAAGCCCAGUGAACACAUUCUCUACAACCUGGUCCUGAGAAACCUGGAAGAAAGGAACUAUACGGAGUACAAGCCUUCGUGCCCGGAAGACAAAGACGUGGUGGAGAACGGGCUGAUAGCAGGCGCCGUAGAUCUGGAGGAAGAUCCAUUAUUUACUGACAUUUCACCAGAUAACACUCUGCCAAACCAAGAGUGGAUCUGUUCACCCCGCACCAGCCCAGACCAUCCCAAAAAUGAUGGCAAGACGGAAGUGCAUAAAGUGGUCAACAGUUUUCUCUGUCUAGUGCCAGAUGAAGCGAAGUCCUCCUACCACGUGGAGGGCACCGGCUAUGACACCUACCUCCGAGACGCCCACAGGCAGUUCCGAGACUACUGUGCUGUCUGCUCACGAUGGGAGUGGCCUGGAGCCCCCAAACCACUGGAGAAGUGUGACUUAGAGGCAGCCUUCUUUGAAGGACAUUUUUUGAAAGUUUUAUUUGACAGAAUGGGAAGAAUUCUUGAUCAGCCGUACGAUGUGAAUCUGCAGGUGACCUCAGUGCUGUCCAGGCUCUCGCUGUUCCCUCACCCACACACGCACGAGUACCUCCUGGAUCCUUACGUCAACCUGGCCUCUGGCUGCAGGUCUCUCUUCUCUGUGAUUGUCAGGGUUGUUGGUGACCUGAUGGUUCGAAUUCAGCGCAUCCAAGACUUCACCCCCAAGCUUCUCCUGGUCAGAAAGCGGCUGCUUGGCUUGGAGCCCGAAGGCCCCCUCGUUGACCACAUCACGCUGCUGGAGGGUGUGAUUGUGUUAGAGGAGUUCUGCAAGGAGCUGGCGGCCAUUGCCUUUGUCAAGUACCACGCUUCUGCCACGCCGUGAAGGCCCCGGGUCACUGGACAUUCCCUCCGCUCAGCCACGAGAGGCUAAAACGCCUUGCAAAUGAAGUAUCGAGUCAACUACACAGAAUGUUAAGAAUCCACUGCGUGACUGCUCUCAGUGAGGCCUGGUGUUGCUUCCUCUCGCUCUGCCAUAAUGAUUCCCUGUAUGGUUGCACGUUGUUCCAACCCAGGAAACAAUCAGACCUGAGGAGAUUGGGUCUCCAGUGACGGAAAAUCUGCAAACCUUGUGAUAUCAGGAACUUGGCUGGCAUUUCUGUUCUUUUAAUAUCCUUUUAAGCAGCAAAGCAUUUUGACAUUCUCUGGGACUCAAAUGCUUAUAUUCUUUUGUAUUAAUAAGCAGCAAAAAAACAAAAAUCACUAAUUUUAUAACUUUUUAAGGUUAAGAUUCUUAUCAUACAAAAUAUUUAGGGAAACUAAAUGAGGAAAAACGUCGUCGCUGAGGAAACAUCAAAAGAGUCUGGAGGAGGAGCUGCGUGCACGGCAGCACCGACUCCUUCAGCUUUUGUAAGAAUAACACUUUAAUAUGAUAAAGAAAUUCUUAAUAUAUUAUAUAUAUUUUUAAAGAAAUGUUCUUUUACUCUUUUGUGCACACAGUCAUAUUUGUGGUUGAUUUUCACGCGUGGCUCCCAGUUUAUUUACAGCUGUCAUUUUUGCAACAGCAUUAGAUUUAUGCUCAUCAUUGCUAGUGUUUGCUAAAACAGUAUUUUUUUAAGCUAAUUAACAGAUGCUGGGUUGAGACCCCCCCCAUUUCCUCUCUGAAAUUGCUUUAUGAAAUUGCUCUAUGGUUGACUUCCGUACUGACGUGUGUGGCAGUGUUAGCAGGACCUGGCUCUGGGGCGACAGUCGGCGUGCAGUGGGCCUCUCAGUGUUCACUGUUCUCUUUAUUAGGUUCAGUCUUUUGUCUUAAGUGAUUCUAAAGAGAUUUUGUUUUAAGUCUCUUCCUGUUCAGUUUACACCUUAAAGGAUUUAAGGAAGCAGAGCGUGCGUGCAUGCAUGCGUGCGUGCGUGCAUGCAUGUAUGUGAGUGGUGCCGAUGCAGGGAUGUCUUGUCCCCACUCUUCCUCUUCACCGGCCAUUACGAUGGGGGAGACAAUCAGGAGGCAGUUACCAGCCAGGGCUGUACAGCCACAGCCAUGGCCGCAGCAAGGCUCGGAGCUUGUUUGACACUGUGCUCAGUCUGUUUUUCUAGUGUUUCAGAUUCAUUGUAUAGCCCAGUUUUGCUACUAAGGAACAAACUACCAGAAGAUGAAGAGUGGCCUCAUUUCCAGAAUGUUCAUCAUUGUUUUAAAAAAAAAAAAAAAAAUGAAACUACUUUAUGUUUCUAACACAAUGGGAAUCUUUCUCGGUUCCUUCAAGAAAUCCGUUAAGACAGAAAGAGAACCAGAGUGGGAGGCAGCAGUCCUCUGCCUGGCCUUCCUUCCGUGGCUCUGAGCAGCGAGCAGUGGCUCCCUCGGUUGUAUUUAUUGACAAGUUUCUACAAGAAUCCCCCACAGCUCCUCCUCCUCCAGACGUUGCUACUGUCUACGUUGAUGGUGGUGAUUUUGAGAUAAGGCAUUGAGAGGUACAGGUGUUUCUUAAUGUUCUCAGAGUGCUCUGUGGGUUACCAGUGAGGUGAGCUCUAGACCAAACGCUCACCCUUCGCUUCACGGCUGCACCUAUGGCACCCACGCCAUGAGCUCGGCAAAGCUUCUCCCCUGCGUGAUUGCUGCCCCCGAGGAUACACUUUUCCUAAGUUGUCCUCAUGACCUGCCCUGCAGCCAGCUCGGGUUAGUCUGUUUCUCAUCUAAGUUUAAUUCCUUUUUCAUAUUUAAUCCAGACCCAGAGUCAGCACAAGUCACGGCACUGGGUUUGAGUUGAUUUAAAGAAGCCACAAGCCACACCUAAGAUUUUUCUCACAGUCUCCGAGACUGCAGGAUCUCCUCCAUAGACUGUGUUGAGUGGAAAGUUCCACCUUAGCAAGUGGCUGUCAGACUGAGUUCCAGCCUGCUUUGUGCUUGUAGAAACAGGAAAUAAGCAUGCACAUUGUUUUCCCCACUUUCUAACAAUGUAGUCUGGUUUCUUUUCAGUAAUGAGCCAUUUUUCACUUGACCGCCAGUCUCCACUGUCGUGCUCACAUAAGUAUGUAAUGUUCUCAUAACUUACCUGUGCAAUAUGAAGCUGUAGAUUCACAGCUUUUGGCCUAACUGUAUAUUAUUGUUGUGUACAUGUGUGUAUAUAGACGCGUGUGUAUAUGUAUAUAUAUAUAUAUAUAUCUGUAUAUCUAUAAAAGGACCAAAGUCCUCAUAGCUUGCUUACACUGUUGCUAGUGUAAAGAUUGUUACAUUCAAUUUUACAGGGCACAAAUUAUAGAAUGACUUCAUACUUUUCAUGGUAAUGUCUCCAUAAGUUAUUACAUUACUAUCUAGUUACCAUUUAAUUAUGAAGUUUACCGUGUAACAGAAGAAGUUACGGUGAAAUGCCAAGCCCACAAACUAUGGUAAUUUUACAUUUUUGGUUGAUCAAUAAAGUAAGAUAUGCAUGUCAUCGUAACACUUAGAUACUCCUGGGCCCUGUAAAAUACUGUCACUGAUACUCUGUCGGCCUCCUGCCUUGUUUACAUUAAACAGAAUAUUUGGCAUAUUUUUCCACGCGCCGUGUGGGUCACCAGCAGUGCUGUGAAGGUCUGGAUUCCCAGGCCACCGAUGAGGAAGCUCUUCAGGUGACUGUGUGCCCACCGUCCCCCUCCGGGCAGGUGGACGUCAGCUUCAGCUCUUGCGCUAACAGUGCAUGCAGGACAAAGAGGGAAAUCAAGAAAAAUAAAUCAAUGUAACUUAAACAGAA